AUGUCAAUUUAUUCUCUGUUUGUUGAUCAAAAUACUAAUGAUCUCUAUAUAUCGGAUAUCGGUGCUUAUACCUUUCGAAUUCAACGAUGGACACUCAAUGGUGCAACUGCUGGUGUCACAGUGGCAGGUGCUAAUGGACCAGGACCAGCACUGAAUCAAAUAUCUGUUAUCUAUGGCCUGUUUGUAGAUUUAAAUAGUAAUAUUUUUAUUUCCGAUAUUAAUUAUCAUCGUGUAACAAAAUGGACUCCAAAUGCAAUCAGUGGAAUACUUGUAGCUGGUACCGGAGUGAGUGGAUCGAAUCUUACUCAACUCAACGCACCCCAAGGAAUAUGGAUCGAACAAAGUGGGAACUUAUUCGUUGCUGAUACGGGAAACCAUCGAGUAGUGAAAUGGAUUAACGGAGCAACGACUGGAAUUCUUGUGGCUGGAGGUCAAGGCCCAGGGUCGUCAUCAUUGCAGCUAAACAGCCCUUCUUCUGUUAUUGUGGAUGUCUACGGAAAUCUUUUUGUUCUUGAUCAAGGAAACAGUCGAAUUCAGCAAUUUACCCCUGGCAACUUGAUUGGCGUUACUAUUUUUGAUGGUUCACGCAAUGCAACAUUUAGUGGCCUAGUCUAUAGCAUGGUAAUGGACAGUUUCGGAAAUCUAUAUGUAGCCGAUUAUUAUGGGAGUAGAGUACAGAAGAUCUCUUUAGUAUCUGCCAGUGUUUGCACAGCAAGCACUACACCAUCUACGAAUAAUUGUUCCAGUCUCAUCUUCAAUCCCAAUGCAAAUACUGUUAUUUCCAAUCUAACAGGAAACCCAUAUGCUGUUGCACUAGAUGCUUACAACAAUAUCUAUGUCACUGAUUCUACUAUUCGCGUCUAUAAAUUUUCAGGAAAUACAACGUUACCCACAUCGGCCAACGUUAUCAUACCCAUGACAAAUCAAACAAUUAACACUGGUGGUUCAACACUAAGUCAAAUUGGUCUCAUUAAUGCACUUUUUAUUGAUCAAGCAUCAAACAACAUAUACUUAUCGGAUACGGGUUCAUAUUGUCCACCAACUUAUUGCUACUAUUAUGCAAUGAACAAUUAUCGUAUUCAACUUUGGUCACUCGUUCCAGGAACAGUAGCAGGAACAACUGUGGCAGGAAUCGGUGUAUAUGGUGCUCCAGGAUUAUAUAACACAAUAGCAACAAGUUACGGUCUCUAUUUAGAUUCAAAUGGUACUUUAUUUGUUUCAGAUUAUGGAAAUCAUCGUGUAACAAAAUGGAUUCGAAAUAGUGUCUCAGGAAUAUUUGUAGCUGGUACUGGUAUAUCCGGUUCGAAUCUUACGUAUCUUAAUGGUCCACGUGGUGUAUGGGUAUAUGGUAAUGGAGAUUUACUUGUUGUCGAUUCUUAUAAUCACCGUGUAGUGAAAUGGUCAAUGAAUGCAACAAGUGGUAUUCUUGUAGCUGGUGGAUUAGGUCAGGGACCAUUCUCAGUUCAAUUGAGUUAUCCAACUGCAAUUGUCAUGGAUAGUUACGGAAACAUGUUUAUUUUGGAUUCGGGUAAUCAACGUAUUCAACUAUUUACACCUGGAAGUAAUAUUGGCAUAACAGUAUUUGAUGGAUCUUAUAACAGUGCAUUUAGUAUGAGCUCUUCUAGUAUGGCGAUGGAUUCAUUUGGAAAUUUGUACGUUCCAGAUUUUAAUGGUAUGCGUAUCCAGAAGAUCAAUGUUGUCUCAAGUAGUUCAUGUACAGGUAUGUUAUGUAGUAGACAAUGA